AUGUUCGGCUUCGCUUGGAGAUUUCUAUUCCUCUUUUUGCUGGGUACUUGUUUCUGUCUCUGCUCUACGGAUCCUGCCAGAUCUGUGAGAGCCAUUAAGGGACGGUUUCGAACAUCUUAUGCUGCAUGGCGUAUCGUGCUGUGUCUGACACAACCACAGGGUUCACUGAAGACAGAUGUACAAAAAGCAUGGGAGAAGGCAAGGCUGGAGUCAUCUCAUGCAGACAUGAACGUGUCUUUCAUAGAGGCACCAGUCAAGACAGAUUCGCUGUCUUAUCCUCUGUCACUGUUAAGCAAAUUCUGUAAUGAAAUCAAAGCUGGGAAAACUGUGUUGAGUCUCAUCAUUGGAGGAGGAUCUGCAGCCAAAUUUCUCGUCACUGCUGCAGCUUCCUUGAAUAUUCCAGCCUUGUGGCUACCAUUCACACACGAGGAUUUCCUUAGACAGGGAAAUAUUGGUCAAUACGAAAGUCGUAUAGGUUCUAGUACAAGGGAAGUGGGAGCAGCUGCUGCUGCCUUGAUGCAUAGAGCAAAUUGGCAUGCAUUCACUCUCCUUAUAGAUACUACCUUGCUGCCAAUGACUCAUCUUUUACACGCGAACCAAACGACUUUAACACCUAGAACUAUUAUACAUCUUCCAACGAAUGACAAGACCUUAAGGAUGAGACUCAAAAGAGUUGCCGAAGAGGGUGGCAGUGGAGGAGUCAUAGUGAUGGGUUGUGACUUGAACAGUGCACGAAGAAUCCUAGCUGUGGCUGGUAAAUAUGAAAUGCUUGCAGGAAGAUUUCUGUGGCUCUGGUUGGAUCUGAAAGCAGAACUGAGACCCAACGAACCAAAUAUAAUCAGUUCUACUAUUAUACACAGCUCAAGAUCGUCGAUAGCAACGAAUGAAAAUCCUUCACCCGUAGAGAGUAUAAACCGAAACGCGAAUCUCGUAGCGGAAAGCCAGUUAUCGUUAAACUCUUUGCCCAGUUUAGCGAACGAUAUACAUCGAUUACAAGAAUAUAGGUGGCAGAGCGAGAGGUCUGUGAACAAACAAGAAGAUAGAAGCUUUAAUUUUGACGACGACGAGGAUAUUAGAAUAAUGGACAAAGAAUUGAAUUCCAAGGAUUUUAUGCCAGUCGGUAUGCUAGCGUUGAGACCCUCUGGUAUAAAAUUGAUGGGUAGUGACACUAUAUUAUCCAGAAUGAUCAGGGAGACCUCUCAGGCGCUGGACGAAACAUUCUUAGAAGUAAAACCCAGACUGAACCGUUUGGGAGAAGCUCAGCUCGAAGAGAACUUCGUACCAGAAUGCUUUCCAAAAAGUAGCGCCAAAUUUUUGAUGAGCAAAAUGAGGCACAAUGUUUCCAAGACAUUGACUCAGAAGUUAAGAAAUUCCGUGAGUCAACUUUCCAAGGACAAGGCUAAGUUCCAGUUGCUGAACUUACAAGCCAUAAGAUUUCCAGGAAAUAAGACUCAAUUGAGAUGGACGAAAGUCGGCACGGUGAAAGGUGGAAAGGAGGUUCAUCUAGACACGAUAAUUUGGCCAGGAGGUGGAAUCGUGCCAGCGUACCUGGAGCAAGGAGGCGAAAAAAUUGGCAUGCCAAUGUAUCGCAUAGUAACAGCACUGGCACCACCGUUCACGAUGGUUACGAAUCUACAGGAAGGUCUUUGCUUAAGAGGACUGUUUUGUCGUCAAGAAAAUACCUUGAUGUGUUGUUACGGUCUAAGCAUGGACUUGAUGUCCCUUGUGUCUCGUGAACUAGGAUUCCGAUACGACUUGUAUCUAGUAAACGAUGGCCUGUUCGGUAAGAGAAACGGCAGCACAUGGAACGGAAUCAUGGGAGAACUGGUCUCUGGUCGAGCUCAAUUAGCCUUCGCACCACUCAGCGUGUCUGCUCGUAGAGCAGAAGUAGUCGACUUCACGACACCGUAUUUCUUCAGUGGGGUCAGCUUCCUCACUGCGCCAAAGCUCAAGUCAGAAAUCUCGCUAUUUGCUUUCCUAUUUCCAUUCAGCACAGAGCUGUGGAUCGCUGUUUUUACGUCGUUGAAUUUUACUGCUAUAGCAGUGGCACUGUACGAAUGGUUCAGUCCAUUCGGCCUGAACCCAUGGGGUAGACAACGAAGCAAGAACUUCUCGAUAGCUUCUGCUUUGUGGGUAAUGUGGGGUCUUCUUUGUGGACAUUUGGUCGCCUUCAAGGCACCAAAGUCUUGGCCUAACAAGUUUCUAAUCAACAUUUGGGGCGGUUUCUCCGUUAUCUUCGUGGCUUCCUAUACGGCCAAUAUAGCUGCUCUUAUCGCGGGUCUCUUUUUCCACCCUGCAGUGAGCAAUUAUCACGAUAAAAGUUUACUGUUGCAAAGGGUUGGAGCACCAAGAGCAUCCGCAGCCGAAUACUAUGUACAGAAAGCAAACACACAAUUGUGGUCUCACAUGGCCAGAUAUUCUUUGUCGAACAUCGCCGAGGGCGUGGAGAAAUUAAGAAAUGGUACUUUAGAUAUUCUCAUAGCUGAUACUCCUAUUUUAGAUUAUUAUCGGGCGAUAGACGAUGGUUGUCGAUUACAAAAGAUCGGAGACACCAUAAAUGAAGACACAUAUGCCGUCGCCCUUACUAAGGGUCAUCCUUUGAAAGAAAGUAUAUCUAAAGUUAUAGCUAAUUACACGAGCACUGGACUACUGGAUAUCCUGCAAGAAAAAUGGUAUGGUGGUUUACCUUGCAUUCGAGGAAGAGAAGGAAUGGAUACUGGCCUUGACCAUGAACAAGGAGGACAACCCAGACCUCUGGGUGUAGCUUCUGUUGCCGGCGUAUUCUGCCUUCUAGGAAUGGGCGUUGUACUUGGUACAAUUAUUUUAGCUGGAGAACACUUGUUUUACAAAUAUACGUUGCCCAGAUUGAGACAUAGACCGGAGGACUCUAUAUGGCGCAGCCGUAACGUGAUGUUCUUCUCACAGAAAUUGUAUAGAUUCAUCAAUUGCGUGGAGCUGGUGUCGCCACACCACGCUGCCAGAGAACUGGUUCACACGGUACGACAGGGUCAGAUCGCCUCCCUGUUUCAAAAGAGUGUCAAGCGAAAGGAACACGAACAACGUCGAAGGCGCAAAAGUAAAGCUCAGUUCUUCGAGAUGAUCCAGGAGAUCCGGAGAGUCCAACAAGAGGAAAAGAUAGAAACUGUAUCGGAAGAGCAAGAGAAAGAGGAAGAGGAAAAAACUGUAAAAGGAAGAGAAAGAAGCAAGAGCAAGAGCCCUCUGAUGCCUCGAAGUCCAAAGAGAUCAGAGAAAAGCAGAAGUUCGACCAAUUUAUCAAGUUCCAGGCUAGGAUUGUCUCCGAUCAGCCUGGAGGCCCCAAUGAAACCCAGAGAAUUCACUCUGAGCAGCACUAACCUCAGAGCUAGAAGCCCUUUGGAAACAGUAGGUCGUCGCUUGAGCCACGGAGAUGGAGGAUCACCACCACCGCGUCUAGGCUCUAAUUUCGGUGGCAGUGCAACGCUAAGACCGCUAGCGCCAACGAAAAGCGAUUCCACGGGAAGUACGACACCAACGAUCAAGGGUGAAUCCACUGGGGGAGGUGCUCCUACACCCAGAUACGCGAGAAGUCCUGCAAAACGAGGGCAAUCGUUCCCAGUGUUUGCCACGUUGAGGCCACCACACUCGUCCAGCCAUCAAAUGUCCAAGAGUCCAUUAUUAUCCCCUAAUAAUGAACUAACUUCCGCUAUCGGACGGAAACUAUCUCGUGAAUGGGGUUCGGGAACUCUAGAUAUCAGUAGGUCCUCCGAAACGGUCGCUGGCGGCUGCUCUUAUACGCUGAACCAGGAGAUGACGUUAUCCUUAGAGCGACCGUCCCAUGAGAAGAUUCAGAACGAUCCCCUACCCAUCAAGAAGCCUAUAAGAAGAGCCAGAAGCCAUGAGAACAGAGACACCGGCAAGCUGAUGGCCGAUCUACCGUCACCAAGACUCACCGCUCAACCGGUGGUAGGAGGCCGAUCGGUAAGCGAACGAACGAAAAAGCAGUUAGAGUCCGAAUUGAAAGCGAUUUUAAGUGCCAGAGCCCACCACCGCGACCUUCAUCCCCCUUGAUAGACGACAGGCUAUCUCACCUAAUUUUAAUAAAGAGACAGAGAGAGUUCUUGCAGAAGUGAGCCAUAAAAGCUUCGAGGAUCGUUGCCUCUGAGGGGCUUUGGUUGAUUUAAGCAAUAUCAGAUUUAUAGGUCAAUUUGUAGAAGAAAAAAAAAAAUCCGACAAACAGUAAAACAAAAAGAUAUAUAUAUAAAGGAAAAAGUAUAUAUAUAUAGACGCAGUGUCUCUGGAGGUAAUUAAAGUGUAACACAAGAAAGAGAUUCUCUCAAGAAGAAAGAGUGAAAUCUCUUUAUCUGUUCAUGUUGUUACGUACAUUGAUAAUACUGAUAGAGUAUGUUGAUAAAAAAAAUGGAAAAAAAGUGCUAUAAAACUUUAGUAGAUUGUCUUAACGAGUAGCGACUUAAACGAGUAACUAAAGUAUUUUCUUGUUGGCAUUUUAACUCUACAGAGGCUGUCGGUCUGGGCGAGUCUCUCUUAAAAUUAUAAUAUGAUUAUUAGAUAUCGUACACUGCCGUAUUUCUCAAAUUACUUUUGAUCAUUCGUAGAUAACUCAUCGAUAUCUUUCAGUUUGCCAUCUGAAACAAAUUGGUGAUGGAGAUUUGAACGACCGCAUAAGACAAUGGCAUAUAUUAAAGUAGAAAGAAUCGACAAUGAAUAGAAAUAAGUGAAAGCUGAGAAUCGCUGGUCUACGGAAUUUUGCUGACUCACAUACUGCCAUAAACCUUCUAGUAUUUCUCUCAUAAGAGGAGAGAAAAGGAGAGACUCGCCCGUAGAACUCUCAGCGUAGAAUGACCAUUUACUAAAAGAAAAAAAUACAUAAUCUUAUUAAAAAUUAUCUCAUUCAAAAUAAAAGAAUGAAUAAUAAAAUAUAUUGAAAGGCGGACGAAAUUUUAAUCGGACGAGUCACUUUUUUACCGAAAGCUGGUAUACCAUUAUAUGGAAUGAAAUUCUAUCAGCAAACAUUUAACGACGAUAAUUGUAUGCACACAUUAAUCAUUCUAUUUGUAAUUUCAUUCACUGAUAGUGGAAGAAAUCGUGUGUUUACUGUGCAAUAACCUUCCACCAAUUAUUAGACUGAUAGGUGAAGAAAAAUUUAUCCAGGAAUUGCACACACGCAUCCACGGAUCAUUGGAAUUGAACACGCACAUAUAUACACUCUCUAUCUCAAAAUGUUCUUUUCCUCUUCCUUUAUACUUUCUUUUUCCUUUUUUUCGUCAAACUGAAAAUGAAGGACACGCACAUAUAUACACUCUCUAUCUCAAAAUGUUCUUUUCCUCUUCCUUUAUACUUCUUUUUCCUUUUUUCUUUUUUUUUUUUAUUUUUUUUUUUUUUUUUUGUCAAACUGAAAAUGAACUAUCAUCGUUCCAACUUGAUCCCAACUACCCAAACUUAGACUGUUAGAAUGAAUGUGUGGGACUAAAUUAAUUGAAAAUAAUUGAUGAGCGAGGCCUUAGGAGUAGUCGAUCCGCCCAAUUCUUUACUUAUGAAUAUAGCGUUUAAUCGUAUUAUCGAACAAUUCGCUAUAUAAUUAUAAAUUAUACAUAGAGGAUAGCGAUUUAGUUUCAUAGUUUUCUCGUUAGGCACUGUAUCCGACACUCGUAACUGAAAUUCUUGAAAGUCUAACGAGAUAGAGACUCUCACAAAUGCAUGUUAGUUAUCAUCCCUGAAAUUCAAAAAUACAUUUCACUAAAUUCAGACUACGCUUCAGAGACUCUAUAAGACAACAUAAGUUGCUCGCAGGCUGACUACAUACAACUAUUGAAUCUUCAAUCUGAUGUAUAACGAGUGUAACUUCUACCAAUGAAAGUGUCCCAAUUUAUAAGUAA